AUGGCGCCCACAAAAGAAUACGCCCUUCUCUGCCUGGAGAACCCUUUACUUGAUAUCCAAGCCCAAGGCGACACUGCCCUCCUUGAGAAGUACGGUCUCAAGCCCAACGAUGCCAUCCUCGCAGAAGAAAAGCACCUCGGACUCUACGAAGACCUUCUAAACAACUAUUCUGCAAAGCUCAUCGCUGGAGGCGGAGCGCAAAACACUGCUCGAGGCGCCCAAUACCUCUUGCCCCCAAACAGCGUCGUGUAUCUCGGCGGCGUCGGCGACGACAAAUACGCAGCCAUCCUCCACGAUGCAGUCAAGACAGCUGGCCUUCGAGUUGAGUACCGCGUUGACCCCAAGCAACCGACAGGUCGCUGCGGGGUCGUCAUCACCGACCACAACAGAUCCAUGUGCACUGAUCUCGGCGCGGCAAAUCAUUAUGACCUCGACCACUUAAAAUCGCCUGAGGUCUGGAAGCUGGUUGAGAACGCCUCAUUUUACUUCGUUGGUGGCUACCAUUUGACCGUCUGCCCGCCUGCUAUCAUGGCCCUUGCCGAGGAAGCAGCAAAGAACAACAAGGCCUUCGUCUUCUCCCUCUCUGCACCAUUUAUCCCUCAAUUCUUCAAGGACCAUCUUGAUGCUACUUCUCCUUACUGGGACUAUGUUAUCGGAAAUGAGACUGAGGCACUUAGCUAUGCUGAGAGCCAUGGACUUGAGAGUAAGGAUAUCAAGGAGAUUGCGAAGCAUUUGGCCGGACUACCCAAGACGAACGAGAAGAGACCUAGAGUGGCGAUCAUUACCCAAGGAACCGAUCCUACGAUUGUUGCUGAAGCUGGGAAGGAGGUUGUAGAAUAUGAGGUUCACGCUAUCGACACGAAGCUGAUCAAUGAUACUACUGGAGCUGGAGAUGCUUUUGCUGCUGGUUUCACUGCUGGACUGGUUGCUGGUGAGAGUCUCGUUCAGUGCGUUGAUCAAGGACAGUGGUUGGCAAAGCUGAGUAUUCAGGAGUUGGGCCCUUCGUAA